AUGGAAGUGAGUCCAGGGAAGAAUGAAGUGAGUCCCGUGAAGACGGAAAAAACUACAAUGAAGUCAGAGAGUGUUGUGAAGGACGAAAGUAGCAGACCUCGGAAGAAAGCUCGUAAAGGGUCUUCUGUUUCUGCUGAGACACCUGCGGCGGGUAGUGAAGGCAUUGGGAUGACGCAUCAGCAGAUUGAAAAGUCCUUGAAGGACAUAUCUGAUGCCAUUAGUCUUGGCUUUGGGACGUGCCUUAGGGAGAUCAAGUUACUGGGGGGUAGGAUGGUAGCUGUGGAGAAGAAGGUGGGAAUCAUCAAAAAGGGGGUUCAUCUGAUGAUCGUCAACUUACAACCACUUCAAAUCCACCAAAACCUGUGCACAAACCCGGGUGUGAAUUUGAUCUUUGCUAGUGAAAGUGUGAAUGGGGCGAAAGCAGGACAGAAGGAAGCCAAAGAACCGAGUCUUACUACAGAACCAAGUUCCUCGAGAGAGCUCUGUCUUGUGAGACCUGCAGACAACUUACCGAGUGAUGAUCCUAGUGUUCUUAUAUUGGACAAACAAGUUUCCACUGCUUCAGAUUUACUCGUUGAAGAAGCUAGAAGGCAGACAAAGAAGGAGACUGCUAUGGUGAAUCUCCGUAAAAAAAGUGUGCGAGAAAGAAAGCUUGCUCCCACACAGCAAACUCCUUUUAAGGGAAACAACACUGCCAAACAGAUCAUUCCAAACAAAAAGGUUGGCGGAGGCUAUGAUCCUUUUGCACCCUAUGACAAGAUGAAAUCGAAGGAGCUCACUGCAUGGGUUUGGAGGGUGGAUGUGGAUGAUAUCUAUGCACCUGUGAACUUCAAGAACCAGCAUUGGAUUGCUAUAUGGAUAUCGAUCCUUAAGAGGCACAUCCUCGUCUGGGACAACAUUGUCUCUCAUAUUAGCCCUGGAGAACUCGAUGAGGUAAUGGAGCAUUUUGUCACAAUGAUCCCUUAUCUGCUUGUUGAGUGUGCGCUCGCUGACGAACAAAAGGUUCAAUACACAUUGGAGCCAUACACAUAUGCGAGACAAACCGUUGGAGUACCUCAGUGCCGAGCAGGUGAUUGUGGCCCCUUUACUCUGAAGUACAUUGAAUGUCAUGCUCUUGGGAUGGAAUUUCCCAACACGUUUAACAAAAGAAACAGGAAGACCAUCAGGGAGAAGAUGGCGCUGGAUAUAUUUCAAGAGCUUCCUAUGUGCCAUGAAUGGGAAAACCAAGACAAUGAUGAGAACCUGGCAACGUAUGAAUAG